ACAUGUCAAAGACAAAUUACGGACAGUUUUUACGAAAUACCAAUCUAAUUUUGCCCAAGCAACCGAACCAUGACGAGUUCUUGAUGGUAAUGGAAAAUGUAUUCCGAUGCUCUUGCCUCAUUGGUGUUCUUGGGGCAAAGAAAUGGAUCUGCUACGUUUGGAGUGCUUUCAUACUGAUUGUGUUGCUGGUGAUGGAGUCACAGGCCAUCUGGAAGGUUAUCAAAGCUCUGGCUGGAUGGGCUAUAGAUACUGCUGGACAGAGAAGCGUAACAGCAAGACUAGCAGGAACCAUCUUCUACACCAUAGCGAUUAUAUCCUUGAUCCUAGCCUCGAAGCUGUUCAGAUCUUGGGGAGAACUCUCAGCACUAUGGGUUAGAGUGGAACGAGUAAUGGCAGUAAAGGUCCCAAGUGAUGGAACUUUGAAGAGGAGAAUGUAUUUCAUCAUUGGUUUUAUGACUGUUUGUUCGUUGCUGGAACAUUUAUUGAGCAUUGUAUCUGCCAUUGGACUGGAUUGCCCGUCGUAUUUGAUUAUUAAGCGAUACAUUCUGAUUUCCCAUGGUUUCAUGAUAUUGAGGCAUGAAUACUCAGACUGGUACGCCAUACCUCUAGCCUUUAUGAGUACAAUUGCUACAAUGCUGUGGAAUUUCCAAGAUCAGCUGAUAGUUCUCAUCAGUAUGGGAUUGACUUCAAGAUACAGCAGACUUAACCAGUGUCUAGCUAAAAUAUGCGCGCUAGAGAAGAAGCAGAUGGAUUCUGAUCAAAAAACUGAAGCAACGAAAGUGUACACUUGGCGCAAACUGCGAGAGGCGUAUGUGAAGCAAGCGAUGUUAGUUCGCAAGGUGGACGACGCUAUUGGUGGCAUCAUUAUAUUGUCGUGCUUCUGUAAUUUUUAUUUUAUAUGUCUGCAACUGUUUCUGGGGAUCACCCAAAGCCAAUCAAGUGAGCCUCUCAGGACAGUCUACUACUUCACUUCAUUGGGCUGGUUGUGCUUCAGAGUGAUCAUCGUCGUCCUAGCAGCCUCUGACAUAAACGUCCACUCUCAGAUAGCUCUCAACCACAUCUAUACACACGAUACUCUUUAUUAUAAUAUUGAGAUGGGGCGGCUUCAGGAUCAACUCUCCAAGGAUUACGUGGCUUUAAGCGGCAAAGGCUUCUUCUACUUGAGCAAAAGUAUUUUAUUGCAGAUGGCUGGUGCAGUAAUUACAUAUGAAUUGGUCCUGAUACAGUUUGAUGACAAAGGCACAGAUGAUGUUCAACUAAACUUGACUAAAAAUGGCGUUGGAGUCGAUUAAUAACAUAAAUUAUUAUGCAGA